UAAAAACCAAGAUGGCCCACGAAGCUGUAGGUUGUGCACGGGUUAAGAUUUGCUGAUUUUUGGGAUGCUUUUUACCUUUUACUAAAGCCUGUGACAUUUUAAAAAGAUUACAAACACGAUAAUUUGUCCUUUUAAUGAAUCACUGAUUGAAAUUUCAGGUGUUUUUAAAUUCAAAGAUGCGAAGAAAACACUCGACAGAGCGAGAUCGAGAUCGCUUUCUCAGUGUCUGGUUAUUUUCUGUACGGAAUGCCUGAGCCAGUGAGAUAAGCAUUCUCCUAUCUGUGAUUACAAUGCGUACGUAAAAUUAAAGGAUUCUUACAAGAGAUUUGUUUCGAAUGUGUCAAAAUGGAUUAGGCCCAUGUGUAAAAAGAAAAAUCCCUAAUACAUUUGUGUUAUGUGUAUACAUUUGUGUUAUGUGUAAUCUACGCAAGUGCAUAAUUUUGUGAAAAUUUGUGAAUGAAGCAUAAUGGAACUCAUCUGUUUUGUACAUGGAACUCCUAGUCUAUGAUAUGAGGAUGUGCUUCUCUGUGGAAUGAAAUUUGGUGCAGAAGGAUGGGACAUGGUGUUGAACGCCCAUUCUGGUGGAUUUAUCACCACACAAGAUUCCUCCUGCUCUGUCUCCUUGUAUCAGCCCUGCUCGCCGAGGCAUGCCCCCCUUUGUGUACGUGUACCACCAGAAAACCUCGGGAGGGGUCCAAAGGGAGCAAACUCAGCUCCAUGGACUCUAAAGGCCAAGGCAAGAGUGGGAGCCCUCAGCUGGGAUCUCGGGGAAGGAAGGUGGUGUGUGCUGGAAGUCUGUCUGUGAUUACUUCUGUAGCAAUGAUCAGCAGCUUACCACUUGACACUGUCAUUCUGGACCUGAGUAAGAAUGCCAUCACAGCAUUAGAGGAGGGUGGAUUUAACAGAGUGUCAUCCCUACAAAAACUGGACCUCAGCCACAACAAAAUAACAAUGAUAAAAAAGGGUGCUUUCCUGGGCUUGAAAGAACUUGUAAAAUUGGAUCUUUCACACAAUAAGAUUGGAAGCAUCUCUAGUGCCAUGUUUGAAGGUCUGAUCAACCUAGAAAAACUGAAUUUCUCCAAUAAUCGGAUUAACACUAUUCCAGAUGGAACAUUUAACAAUCUACAUGCUCUCAAGAAAAUUGAUUUCCAGUCGGACUACCUGAGAUGUGAUUGUCAUCUUCAGUGGAUUGUCAAAUGGUCCCGUGACAAAAACGUCAAAAUACAACAAUCUACCACCUGUGGUGUGCCUAAGGACCUGAAAGGAGUCUCCCUCAGAAGCCUGAAGAAAAAGGACCUUCACUGUGAUCGUCCUUUAGAGCUACCGGAGUUUGAGAUCCUCCCCAACAAGAGUCAGGUGGUGUUUGAGGGGGACAAAAUCCCCUUGAUCUGCCGGGCCUCCAUCAUCAACAGGAAGACUCGAAUGGUAUGGAUGCGCCGUGGAGAGGUGGUGUCCACUAACCGCAGUGUAGGGAUCUUUGUCAUCACAGAGAAGACGCCGGACCAGACCAUCAUGAUCCACACUCUAAUGCUUCAGCACCUGACAGAAGGGGACUCGGGGGUGUGGCAGUGUAUGGUCACCACCCCUCAGGGAAACGUCUCCACCAGCAUCAACAUCCUGGUCAUUUCUAACAAUGCAGCCACUUGUCACUCCAAAACCUCCAAAACCAAGAAGGGUGUGUACAAAUGGCCCAGGACUGUGGCGGGGGUCAUCAGUGAUCAGCCCUGUAAGAGGGGGAGGGGGAGGGCCACGCACCGCUGUAGUGAGAGCAGUCGAUGGGAGAAGCUGAACGUAGACCAGUGUGAAUAUCUGGAGGACCUGACUAGAAAACUUGAGGCAUACGCCCAUCUGAAAAAUAAGCAUAUGAACCAGUCGCAAUUUACAGGGAUAGCAGAUGAUCUGAUGAGAAUCAUUUCAGUGCCAGAGAAUUUGGAAGAUUUGACUCAUUUGAUUCUGUCCGCACAAAUUGUGGAAAAUCUGGCCAAAAACCUUCCAGAAAAGAAUCAGGUAUCAGUCAUGCUGAGGUUAGUCAAUACUCUGAUGAGGGAAGGCAGUACCAAAUUACAUGAGGCUCAACUCCAAGACAAAACCUGCUCCAGGUUAAUUGGUGCAGUUGAAGAAAUCCCCAAACAUGUGAAUGUGUCAGAUUAUACUGAGAAUAUCGUCAUGGAAACCAUCAGUCAGGACAUUGAAGAGUUCCAGGGCGUGACCUGUAUGGCGUAUUCCCAGAUUUUUAGCUGUCAACACAGAUACAUCAAUAAAACCAUUGCAGAAGAGAACUUGCUAGGAACAGUUCAUCUUCCUUCCACUCUCUUCAACACAUCAGAAGGCCCGGUGGUCCAGAACAGUUCCACCACGGCCAGACUGCAGUUCAUCCUGUACAGAAAUGACCAACUGUUCCCCUCCCUGACCCUCCAACAUGACGACCCUCGGAUCGGAUCCAAGACAGUCUCGGUGGUGUCUGCCAUCUUGUCCGUAAAUUUAUCUCCUGUGGUGGUCAACCUGUCAACUCCAAUAACCUUGACCUUCAAGGUGAAGGCUACUUCUGAAAAUCUUCUAGCCGUAUACUGGGACGCUGCUGCUAAUGGUGGGUUAGGAGACUGGAGGACUGAUGGCUGUUCUAUCAAAGGAAUUGUCAAGAACUACACCACUGUCCAAUGUCAGCAUCUCUCUAUAUUCGCUGUGAUUGAGACCUCCCCUGGGACCGAGGUCCUCUCUCUGAAGAUGUUCCAGCUGAUGCAUGUAGCGGUGUACGUAGGAAGCUGUGUGUGCCUCCUGUGUCUAAUGGCUGUCAUCAUCACUUACGUGUCCUGCUUCAGAUUUAUUAAUGUGCCCAACAAAAUGAAGCACUCUGUGAUCAACAUCAGUGUGUGUGUCCUGCUGCUCAUCAUAGGCUUUACCAUGGGAGUCAAACGCACAGAUCACCUACUAGCAUGUCAGAUCAUUGGAAUUUCCAUGCAUUAUUUAACUUUAUGUGCCAUCUUCUGGAUAACAAUCACUUCCUUCAAUAUGAUGAAGAAAUUUUCCAAGGCCAGUAAACCCCCCGCCCCACCCCCAGAUAUGCCAGGUAUGCCUUUACCCCCCAAACCAAUGAUUCGGUUUUACCUGCUGGGCUGGGGUGUUCCUACCAUUAUCUGUGGCAUCACAGCUGCUGUCAGUCUGGAUCACUACUCAGAGCCCUCAUACUGCUUCCUUGCCUGGGACCCCAGUCUUGGAGCAUUUUAUGGCCCUGUGGCUUUACUGGUGGUCUUCAAUCUUGUGUUCUUCCUGCGGAUUUCAUGUGUAAUUCAAGGAAGUACAAACAAUCUGAAUGAAUCUAAUCGGACAGAGGAUAUCAAUGAUAUCGAGCUUACUCAGAAUGGCGACAACAACAACACCGAGAUUGAGGCGCUCACUCAGACCAAUAACAACCCGAGUAACAUUGAGCCUUCUCUGGGGGACGACUCGGAGAUUAAAUCUCUGGUGUCCAGUGUGGCUGACCAGGAGAAGAGACCUCAGUCACAGCUAUAUGCAGUCAUAUCUAUCUUAAUUCUGUUUAUUUUAUUCUGGGUCUGUGGGGCAGUGGCUGUGGCAGAACCUUUUAAAUUCAUUAUUCCUAUGCAGGAGUUAAUUUUCAGUUAUCUCUAUGGAUUUACCUGUGCCAUAUUUGGAAUAUUUAUGUUGUGCUAUUUUUGUUUGUCAAGGAAGGAUUCAUGUUCUAGUUGGAAAAGAUUUUUUCUUUGUGAGAAACAUCCUUUGUAUGAUUUAAACUACCAGGCAGCCGCCAAUCACAGUGCAUUAAGUAAUGGUCAUGUGAUGCAGGAAAAUGGAAACUUAGAUCCUGAUGUGAAAUCAUACAACAUAACACAUGAGAUGCCCACUGACAGUGUAAAGCAAUCCAAUAUCAAUCUAGUCCCUGCCAAUUCUAGUUCUUUUAUUGAAGAUUCAGUUAAUAAUGGUGCUCAUGACAGUAAUAUUAAAGUAUUCUAUAACCCAAGACAAAAUGGCGUGGCUAAAAAGUUUUGGGAAAAACAGAGACAUAAUUCCCGUUACAUCAGCAGGGACGCAACCAAAGAAUUCAAUGGAAGUAUCACAUCUUUUUCGGGAUCGGAAGCCAAUAAUCGUCAGCAGACAAGUGGUAAUCUUAGUGAUGGAAAAUCUCACCUUAGUAUUGAAAUUCAGAUUCAAUCUAAAGGAGUACUGAACCAUCCACAGAAUGGGAAAUCACCUCUUCCUCCACCAUUCAGUAAUGCUAUGGUGGUCCCUCACAGCGGAGUGCCUGGGCACCUCACACCAGUGUUCUCUAUGGUUCCACCAAAUAAGACCAAUAUAACUGGAGGAUCAGGAUCUGUUAAUGCUACGAGCCCGUGCUGUAGCACUGUGUCCUAUUGUGAUUCACACACUGUGUCCCAACAUACAAGGUCACCUAGUUCAUGUUCUCUGGGGUCAAGGUCACAUCCAAGUGCCUUCACUCCUGUGACUCCCAGGAAUAACACUUUACCUAAACCUCAUAAGACCUCAGAUGGCAACAUCCCACAGUUACCCCCCUCUUACAAUGAUUUGAUAAAAAAUGGAUCCCUGUCAAGAAUACGUGACUUUGAUGGACAGAGCCAAGUGGGUGACUCUCGUUGUCAGAGUCCAAGGGUUCAAGGUUUACACAGUGAACCUCAUCUAAUAUACCCCCCUCCUGGGCCCCUCAGUACUCAGGAAGGCUGUACAUAUACACAGUAUGGAUCAGUGGAUGAUCAUAUUACGUGUGAACCACAGCGUUCUCAGAGAGCUCGUUCACAUUCUGGUGGAUAUAGUUCUGAUGCUGGUGCAAAAAAUCUCCGGAAAAAGGAGAGUUUUAUUCAAGAAGUACAGCAGAGGGUUCCAAAUAUGGAGCCUCUUAUGAUCAUUCAGUGUCGUUCACCAACAAAUCAGCUGAAUCAAUCACAAAACAGUAACUCACGAUCUUCUAUGCAUCAGUCGAACCAAAUCCAAAAUAGCAAUUGUCGGUCACCUGUUUGUCAACUAAACCAAUCACAAAAUGGUACUUACUUGAGUCCAAAUAUGAAUGUUGGAAAACAGAGUAAACUUUAUACACCUGACAGUGAUAGUGGUAUAAAUUACAAGAAAACUCCCGACUCAGAUCAUAACUCGGAGCCGAGCAGCUCUCGUCAUCACCGAAGGUCACAUGACCACCGGGGUAACUCACGUCAAGCACGGGGAAAUCCAAGGACAAAGUUUGAGUGGGACAAGGGUAUUAGUAAAGCCAAGUCAGUUCCUUAUGCAUAUGUGAAUCAUAAAUAUGCAGAGAGGGUCAGAAAGAAGCUGAACAACCAAACCCCAAUGGAGGCCAAGAAUGACUGGGGUUCCCCUAGUCUGGAUGAGGAUAGCACGUCCUCGUCAGGAAACGAGGCCUGCUUUGAUCACAAUGUGUGGGUGCUACAAAACCAAAGGAAGCUUAAACGCAAGAAAGAAACAAGUGUAUAACUGUGUAUAUUUAUCAGUAACUUAUUGUGACAAUGUAUUUAACUUACUUAUCAGUGCAAUUCCAGUAUUGUCUUUUUUUACCUUGAUGUAGACUUCAUGUUUUCAGUCACAAGAUCAAUAUAAGAUAUUUUUUGUGUUUCAGUUGUGAAACACAAGGCCAAAAUUUUAUCCAGUUUUGAUACAAGUAUGUCGUAUUGAAUAUCUUAAAAAUUGUGGAUAAAUGUAUUUUUAUUCAACAAAUUACAUAGUUAAAUCUUAUUUGUACAUUUGAUAAUCUAUUUAUUUUUUUGAAUAUUGAGAUUUUUUCUGUAGCUAUUAUAUUUAAAUUGUGCAUGUACACCUAAGGAGACUGUUUUAUACUUUCUUUUAUACAUGUAUUUAUGAGGUUGUGUGUCUACUAAUUUGAAAGGUUGAUCAAAUUUUUAGAAUACAUGUACUUGCAGGCUAAUUCACAUAUCCAUUAUUCUAAAAAUGGGACAUUGUUAUUCAAAUUUUUUAGAUGGAAUAAACUCUGAGAAUAUAAACAUGUGAAUAAAAAAUGAACUAAUAUUAGGUUUUGAAUACGUAAACAUCAUUUGGGAUGAUUAAAUGUGAACAAAUUCAAUGAUAAAUGGAAUCAAUGAUAAUAAAUGUAUUUUAGGCAUUAGGUUUGUAGUAUAAGAAGCCACAUGAGCUUAGAGACUUUAUCAGACAAGAGUAUCAUUUUCAGUCCAUUUUUCUUGGCAUUAUUUUUAUUAGCUGAAUCUGGGUGCUGACAUCAAUGUAUUUACAUAGAGUACAUACAUAAUUAUUAUUAUGUGUUAUUUAUUUACCAUUUUAUAUACAUGUCCAUGUUAUAUGUUAAUGAUCUUCAGACUGAACUUUGUAGUUUUGUAUUUGUUCCCCUUUAAAUGUGAUUGUAAAUACAUGUGUAUUUUAAACAAAUAAAAAGCCC